AUGGCGCAAUUUGUUUUGCGAACGCAAAAAUUCCAAUUCAUCUCAAAUGGCUUGAGCAACCGCUCUCAUUAUUUCACUCUUCAAUACAUCGACAUCGAUGAUUUGUUCGAGAAAUUGAAGCGACACAUCGGAAGAGUCAAGAAAAUCCAUUGGAAAGACGUGGAAGACGAUCAUAUAAUUUUGGAAGAUGCGCAAGAUUUACGAGAAGCUGUGAAGUAUUCAAAAGAGAGUGUUGCGGGAACUUUGACGAUUUAUGAAGGAGCUGGAGAUAGUGAUUCGGAUUCGGAAUCUUCUGACACUUCUUCAGAUUCCGAAACUUCUUCGGAAAGUUCUUCAGAUUCAGAGUGA